GUCACUUUAACCACGGUUGGUGGCGCGCCUUUAAAAGCCCGCCAUGGGUGCCCUUCUCCUUCCCAUCCUUUCUCGUUUGCAGCUUCGUUGUGGAUCGUCGCCUGGCUUGUGCUAUAUGAUCUUUGGUUUAGUGGAUUAAGAACAGAGCGGAAGGAAGGCGAUGGCGGAGAACGGCGAGUUCAGCUUUGCCCACGGCGGCGCGAAGUCGGCGACGGCGGUGGCUGUCCCCAAUGGGCUGCCGAAGAUCCAGACGCGCGGGGAGAAGAAGCCGGAGAACGGUAUCUGCCACGACGACAGCGCGCCGCCGGUGAAGGCGAAGACCAUCGACGAGCUGCACUCGCUGCAGAAGAAGAGGUCGGCGCCGACCACCCCCAUCAAGGACGGAUCGCAGCAAGGCAGCGCGGCCUUCGCCGCCAUCUCCGAGGAAGACCGCCAGAAGCUCCAGCUCCAAUCCAUCAGUGCGUCGUUGGCGUCGCUGACGAGGGAGACAGGGCCGAAGGUGGUCAGGGGUGAUCCGGCGAGGAAGGCGGAGGCGACUAAGGUCAACGUCGAGCACCACCACUACCCGACGCCGACCAUCAGCGUCAGCGACAGCUCCCUCAAGUUCACCCAUGUCCUCUACAACCUCUCCCCUGCUGAAUUGUAUGAGCAAGCCAUAAAGUAUGAAAAGGGAUCAUUUAUUACUUCAACGGGGGCCUUGGCCACCAUGUCCGGCGCAAAGACCGGCCGAUCACCCAGGGAUAAGCGCGUCGUCAAGGAUGAAACUACUGCCAAUGAGCUUUGGUGGGGAAAAGGCUCGCCCAAUAUUGAAAUGGACGAACACACCUUCCUAGUGAACAGAGAGAGGGCUGUUGAUUACCUAAACUCUUUGGAUAAGGUAUUUGUGAAUGACCAAUUCCUCAACUGGGAUCCUGAGCAUCGGAUCAAAGUUCGAAUUGUUUCUGCAAGGGCGUAUCAUUCCCUCUUCAUGCACAACAUGUGCAUCCGUCCUACGCCUGAAGAACUGGAGGAUUUUGGUACUCCGGACUUCACAAUUUACAAUGCUGGACAGUUUGCAUGUAAUCGAUACACACACUACAUGACUUCCUCCACCAGCAUUGAUCUUAAUCUCGCUAGGAAAGAAAUGGUCAUCCUUGGCACACAGUAUGCCGGGGAGAUGAAGAAGGGUUUAUUCAGUGUGAUGCACUAUCUAAUGCCUAAAAGAAACAUUCUCUCCCUGCACUCUGGCUCCAAUAUGGGCAAAGAUGGUGAUGUUGCCCUCUUCUUUGGACUAUCAGGCACAGGGAAAACUACUCUAUCGACAGACCAUAACAGGCUUCUCAUCGGUGAUGAUGAACACUGCUGGAGUGAAAAUGGUAUUUCAAACAUAGAAGGAGGUUGCUAUGCAAAAUGUAUCGACCUAUCAAAGGAAAAGGAACCUGACAUUUGGAAUGCCAUCAAAUUUGGAACUGUGUUGGAAAACAUCGUGUUCGAUGAACACACUAGGGAAGUAGAUUACUCUGAUAAAUCCGUUACAGAGAACACUAGAGCUUCAUAUCCUAUCGAGUAUAUCCCUAAUGCAAAGCUACCAUGUGUCGGUCCACACCCGAAGAAUGUCAUCCUGUUGGCGUGUGAUGCUUUCGGUGUGCUUCCACCAGUUAGCAAACUUACAUUGCCACAAACAAUGUACCACUUCAUCAGUGGUUACACUGCUCUGGUGGCUGGCACAGAGGAAGGCGUCAAGGAGCCUCAGGCAACAUUCUCAGCUUGCUUUGGUGCGGCGUUCAUCAUGCUUCAUCCUACCAAGUAUGCAGCUAUGCUGGCUGAAAAAAUGCAGAGCCAUGGUGCCACAGGAUGGCUUGUGAACACUGGUUGGUCUGGUGGAAGGUACGGUGUCGGAAAGAGAAUUAAGCUGGCAUACACAAGGAAAAUCAUUGAUGCCAUACACUCGGGCAGCCUUCUGAAAGUGAACUACAAAAAAACUGAUGUGUUUGGUUUGGAGAUACCUACUGAGAUUGAAGGUGUACCUCCAGAGAUUUUGGAUCCGAUUAACACUUGGGCUGAGAAGGAAGACUACAAGGAGACGUUGCUGAAGCUGGCUGGCCUUUUCAGGAAGAACUUUGAGGUUUUUGCCAACUACAAGAUUGGUCAGGAUGGCAAUCUGACCGAUGAGAUCCUUGCCGCAGGGCCAAACUUCUGAGCCAUGGUGUAAGAAUAAGGAGGUCAUUUGUGUGGAAGAGUCGAAAGCUUUGAUGAUCUCCAUUGUUGUUUCCUUUCCUUUUGUUCAGCCUUCUAGACUAUUUGAUACCAUCUGCAGUUCAAUAUAUGUCAACCAGAGCAUGACGAAAUAUGAUAUUAAAUUCAUUUUUAUUUUCUCAAA